UUGUUUUUUUUUUUUUUAGGUAAUCAACGAUAUAAACGUCAAUUCGAUGGCGUAAAUACUCCACAAAUUGAUCUCAACAUUACUGUACCAUUUAUAUUCAGUGCACGUCUAUAUCCAUAUGGAAAAACAAAGGGUGAUACACUGUUAGAGGGUGAUGUUAUAAAUUUGAAGCUAAAGAAUACACUAUAUUUUCUUGGCGAAAGUUAUGAUUCUGUUUAUAUUCGACGAGAUGGAGCUAUUGCGCUUAGCAAUUCCACAACAGUAAAACCAAAAUCGUUACCGACAGCUGAUCCAGUUAUUGCCACCUAUUGGAUGCCAGCUGAAGGCGGAAAUGUUUAUUUCCGUGAAACUAAUGAAUCAUCGAUAAUCAAUUUAGCACAAAAUGAAGUGAACAUUCAGUAUCGUUAUGGAUCAAAUUUUCGACCAAAUUCUGUUCUGGUUGUUACCUGGGAUCGUACUCACGAACCUGGAGCCAAUGAAACUACAGCUAAUCUUUUUCAAGCAUCAAUAAUCUUUAGUAAAACAGGAACAUUUGCACAUUUUGUGUACAGCAAAUUAAACUCUAAUAACGAUGCUGUUGCUGGCUUCAGCGGUCAUGAUGGUCAUUAUUCGUUACCUGAAUCGGGUACCUUUAAUGCUAUUCAGCUUGCUGAACGUAGUGAUAUUGGUAUACCAGGUGAAUUUCUUUUCCGAAUUGAUUCCGACAGCGUCUUCUUAUGCGGAGCAGGUUUUAAGGGGAUGGAAUGUAUUGAAACCUGUGGCGCCAAUGAAUGGGGUUUAGACUGUGUACGACGAUGCCACUGUGAAGGUGGGGUACGUUGCAAUACAGAAACCGGUAUGUGUCCGAACGCUAAAUGUAGUCCUGGAUGGACUGGUCCUCCAAUCUGUGAAGAUGAUAUCGAUGAAUGCGCCACAGGACCUGACCUUUGCCCAGCAGAACAACCCGACUGUUUGAAUACACCCGGAGCAUAUUUAUGUAUCUGCUAUGAGUAUGAUAAUACCACAAAUACAUGCAAAGGAGCAAAAAAUAAUACUGAAAGUUUGGUAAAUGGAACUGAAACAUAUUCUGUCAAUGUACUAUCGUUACAGCCAAAAUUAGCACCAAAAGCACAAAAAAAUCUGAAACCCGAAACAAAAAAGGUUUCAAAAAUACGUAUCUCAUCAGUGAUACCACAUGCUACAGUAGCAUCACCUGUGACUACUACUACUACACCUGCGGUUACCGAAACGUUCCCGAUUCCGACUGUCCGAUUUAGCCCAAUUACAAUAAGACCGUUGCUUGGUAGUCCGAUACCGCAAUGUCAAUGUGGAACAAAUGCAGAAUGUAUCGAAGGAGUAUGCCAAUGUAAACCUGGAUGGACAGGUAAUGGAAAAAUGUGUGUGGACAUUAAUGAAUGCUCGGCAAUACCAAAUGUAUGUGGCGCACAUUCGAUAUGUGAUAAUACUGCUGGUUCGUAUCGAUGCCAGUGUGAUUUAGGCUAUAUCAACGAUGAAAAUGGACGCUGUAUUGAUAUGGAUGAGUGUGCCGAAGGAGUGGUAGUCUGUGGUGAUGGUAAAAACAGUUCAGUAUGUGUAAACACAGACGGAGGAUAUGAAUGCCGUUGUGCCCCUGGAUAUGUCGGUCAUCCUGAAAGCCUUCAUGGAUGUGUCGACGUUGACGAAUGUGAAAAAGCUGAAUUUUAUUGUGGUGAAAAAGGUGUAUGCAAGAAUCUGAUUGGCGGUUAUGAGUGUGACUGUGCUGAAGGAUACGGUCAAGACCCUCAUACUGGGCAGUGUAUCGACAUCGACGAAUGCAAAUUUGACCCAUGUGACAAGGCAGCUUUAUGUACCAAUUUGGCUGGCAGUUUCAAAUGUGCUUGUAUUGACGGUUUUGUCGGCAAUGGUGUGGAGUGCCGCGAAACAAAGCUGUACCUAGUGGAUCAGCCAACUCUGACAAUUGCACAUGACGACGACGCUUUAAGGUACCAGUUGGAUGAGCCGAUCCCUUUGUUUGGUGAAACAUAUGAAGUACUUUAUGUGACACUGAAUGGAGGAAUAACCUUCAAAGCUCUAGAAACGUCUAAAGCUAAACCAGAUGUUGGCGUUGGCUUUUUCCCUCUAAUGAGUAAUCUGACCUUAGGAGAAAAUGGAAAGGUUUCAGUCAAAUUUAUUGGAGAAUCAUCAGGUGAUCCACUGUUAACCAGGUCGUCUCUUAAUAUUGCAAAUAAAUUCCAUUUUAAAAAUUUCCGAGCCAAGAAUCUUAUUAUUGUUUCGUACGAGAAAGUUGAACAACCUGAAACAGACAGAAUAAAUUCAUUUCAAGUAAUCAUAUCGCAAGGGAAUGCAGCUGUAUUUGCCACAUAUUUAUACGAGGAAGUUGAGGCAGAGGCUGCUAUCUGUGGUUUUCAUACAGGAAAAGAAGAAUAUGAAAUUUACGAAUUGCCAUUCGAAAUGAUUUUGAAUGGAUCAAAUAUUGGAGACAGUGGUGUCUGGAUAUUCCGAAUCGAUAGGAGUGCUCCGGUUCUAUGCCCGGCUGGCACCAUUAGUCCACCACUGUGUCAACAGGGAUGUGACGCCGGUACUUGGGGCUUUGAUUGCGAAAAUAAAUGUCACUGUAAAAAUGAUAUUCCAUGUGACUUUGGAACAGGAUUCUGUUCUAAUGGGCAGUGUGCAAAAGGUUGGUCAGGGACAAAUUGUUUCCAAGAUAUUGAUGAGUGCCUUACCGAAAGUCACAAAUGCUCCCCAAAUGCUGACUGUAUCAACGAACCCGGGUCUUUUCGAUGCAAAUGUAAAGAUCCUUACAUUGGAGAUGGUUACUUAUGUAAAGAACUGGACGGUUGUCACAAGCGAUUCAAAGAACGUUGUUCGGCAAAUGCAAAAUGUAUGGAAGGAGGACCGGAUGGACCUCAGUGUAUUUGCAACGAAGGUUAUUACGGCAAUGGUUUACACUGUCUCAAGAUAAGCACUUCAUCAGAGCCUCCUGCGACCGUCGAAACAACCACUACAACUUUAAGCACGACCAUGACCAAGGAGAAAACCAAACCGGAAAUUGACGAUGAAACGCCAUUUAUAAUGCACAAUUGGAUCACCGAAGAGGUGAUAAUUGCAAUAAACCUUUGUAAUUCCAAUCCGUAA